AUGUGUUAAAGUAGUCUUCCUGUUUUUUUGUGACUUCUCAGAUGAAUUGUGAUAAAACUAAUUUAAUAUUUAUGAAAUCUUCCUAAGAAAACAAGUUCAGAAUCUAAAGUUCAUAAAAUCUUCCGAUAUUGUACCACUUAAACAUGAAAUCCCCUAUUAUUUCUGCUUUAGGGCACGUAAAACCUAACAUCUAAUUUUAAUUUUUUUUUUCGUCAAACAUCUACUUGAUCGCUUUCUAACCCAUUUGUCUCCAAAGUUUUAUAGUGUUAUGAUUUAAUGAAUAUAGAUUUGAUUAAGCAAAUUUCUGAGUGAGCAUGUGAGUGCAAUUGGUUCCGUGUAUUAUUUGUUUGGUCCUGACUGUAGAUUUGAUAAAAUAAGAUCGCAGCAAGCAUGUGAAGUGGUAUGUUUCCCAUGACUUUUUUAAACAAAAUAUUCGGAAUGUCUACCAAAUCCAGUAUUCAAUCAUUUGUAAAGUUUCAAAUAAUCGUUCCGCUGGAUAAAAGUACUAAAAACCAUUAACUUGAAAUUUGCACCCAUGACAAGAAAUUAAAACUACACCUCGCUUGAGUUUCUCGAAGCUCCAUGAUCCAUCAAGCUUUGGUUUUAGGAACACAUGAUUUACGUGUGAUGAUGUGGUUAGGUUAGGUAGGUAAGGUAAUAGUACUACAAAAAAAAGUACGAUUUAAAGAUUUCCAUAAAAUAUUUUAAUAACAGAGGCUGGACGGCGCUAAGCAUUGGGUAAUGGGUUAAAAGUUAGUAGUGAAUAUUAUAAGUUAGUCCCGUCAAGGGCCUUGUAAAGGGCUUCGGCCCAUUAAAAGUUAGUAGUGAAUAUUAUAAGUUAGUGCCGUCAAGGGCCUUGUAAAGGGCUUCGGCCCAUUACAUGAAUUAUUAUUUAGGCGUUAAUGUCAGUUUUUUCCUGCUAUUCUUAUGGGGUUUUAGAAUUCGUCUUCCUUCCUCUAUUCUGUUAGCCCUUGAGUUUUGUAUUUUGUUUUGAUUCCAUAAAAAAAACAAAAAUAUAAAAAUAGGAGAGUUAGUUCAUUUUUUUUUCUUUCUGGAAUUGUUGCCUAGAUAACAAGUUACUUGUUGUAUACGUAAUCGAAAAUGACUCUAACCUUCAAGACCUCUUCUCCUAGCUCGAACCGAUCAACACCGAAAAACUCCCCCGGAGAUGAUGAUUCUCACUUCCUUCACUACAGAAGCUAUCGAGCACACACGACCACACUCUUCUUCGUCCUCGUCUCUCUCUCCCUCUUCGUCAUCUUCUCUCUCUACUCUUCCCCAAACGCAAUCUACUUCGCCACGACACGCCAGGCUAAACCAGGGACCGUCACCUACGUGAUCAACGUCCGAGACUCGAGCCAUAUCCGCAGGAUCAAAGCAGAGGGCGUCCUCUGGCCAGGAUGGGAGGUUAUGAUGAUCGUUUCACCUAAGGAGAACGUCAUGCCGCGGGAGAACAACUACACGUGUUUUUACCCUAACGGCGAGAAAUUAACGGCGAAGUUCGCCGUUACUCUCCCGUUCACGAACCGUACCACGUUCAAAUGCAAACUCCCCGGAAUAUACCGCCACCACCACCCUAUCCCGACUCCGAUCCUCGCCUCCUCGAGGUCCUUCGAGCUUUCGCCGGAGACGCGGUGGCCUGACCUCCCUCUGUGGAACUUCGUGGUGUUCGACACAAUCUCCACGGAGCACGACGUCGUUUUAUUCGUCAAGGGGCCGAACCGAGGGCUGGGGUCGAACAAACCGCCGGGGACGUUUCGGUGCGUGUUCGGCGAGGAGUCUGACUCCGCCGUUAAAACCACCGUGACUAGCUCCGUGCAAGAGGUUUUCCGAUGUCCGUUUCCUAACGUGACGAUGGAUUAUCCGGUGAAAAUAUACCUAGAGAGGGUGGCGACGGAGAAGGAGGCGAUGAAAGUGGUUCCGUCUGUGGCGUAUUUUAGCCCCAAGCGUAGGUUAGUGGAGACACGUGAGAGGGCACUACUGUGCGCGACGACGAUGGUGUACAAUGUAGCCAAGUAUCUGAGAGAGUGGGUGAUGUAUCAUGCAACGAUAGGAAUACAAAGGUUCAUUAUAUAUGAUAAUGGUAGCGAUGAUGAGCUAAACGACGUCGUUGAGGGGUUGAAGAGCGAAAGAUACGACGUGAUGAAAGUGUUAUGGAUAUGGCCCAAGACGCAGGAGGCUGGGUUCUCCCACGCGGCGGUUUACGGUAACGAUUCGUGCACUUGGAUGAUGUAUGUCGAUGUCGAUGAGUUUCUAUUCUCUCCGGUUUGGAGUAACCAGUCUAAACCGUCGGAUCAGAUGAUUAGAUCUCUUCUGCCGUCGGAUGAAAGCAUGAUUGGACAAGUGUCGUUUAAGUCACUCGAGUUUGGGCCUUCGAAUCAGACAAGGCAUCCAGCUGGCGGUGUGACGCAAGGGUACACGUGUCGCCGGGAGGAAGAGCAGCGGCACAAGUCGAUCGUGUUGCUGAGCGCCGUCGAGCAUUCGCUGUACACGGCGAUCCACCACUUUAGUCUGAAGGGAGAGUACGAGUGGCGAGUGGCGGACAAGGAGGAAGGAGUGGUGAAUCAUUACAAGUACCAAGCGUGGCGGGAGUUUAAGGCUAAGUUUAAACGGCGUGUUUCGGCCUAUGUUGUGGAUUGGACUAGAGUUUCAAAUCCUACGUCGAGAGAUCGGACUCCUGGAUUGGGCUUUAAACCCAUUGAGCCAGAAGGAUGGGCCCAAAAGUUCUGUGAAGUCAUGGACAUGAGAUUGAAGAGGUUAACCAGAAAAUGGUUUGGACACCCAGAGAAAAACGGGUAUAGAAUGGCUUGGCAAAGAUGAAAAUGGUUGUUAAUUGUAUUAAUAGAAUAGUUGUUUGGUGACAAUUUUUUGUUUAUUUAAAAAAAAAAAAACAGAACUGAAACUUUGAGUUUAGAAAUUCUGAAGCUGAACUACUUCACAAUCUCAUUCGACAUUUUUUUCAAAAAUAUGAUUGUGCCAUAUAUACUUUUCAGUGUUUAGAAUAAUAUAAUGUACAGUAAUGUUUACAGUACUAACCAAAAAGUCAUAGAAAUAAAUCAGCAAUUAGAUUCAUUAUCUAACUUGAUUUUGAAAUGUCCAUUUAUAGUCAGAUUUUACUUUGCAGCAUUUAAACUAUUUAACACUUGCCUAAAAAAGUGAGUAAGCCUGUUUAGGACAUGAAUCUAUAAUUUUAGACUUUUUAGAAGAGAAUAUAAAUUCCUAGUUAAAGAAAUAAAAGCUAUGAUUUGUGUUUAUUGGGUCUAAUUGGUAAUGUCUGUAGCUUUAAAAUUUUUGCUGUAGAAAAAAUCUGUAGAUUUUUUGUUGUGGCCAGUGGCAGAGGCAAGAAAGAAAUUUAGGAGGCUCAAUCCAUAAUUAAUAUACAUUAUAAGUUCAAUUAACAAAAUUUUAUAGGGGUCAAUUAGCAAUUUUUUGCAAUAUUUUCUAGCUUUUUACAUAAAUAUACAUGUAAUUUGUUUUAAAAUUAGAAAUUCACGAGGGUCAAUUGACCUCCUUGCCAACACACUGGCUCCGUCACUGGCUAUGGAUUUAGAUUUUAUUGCUGUAGAAUUUUAUGGAAAGCCCAAAAAAGUUUUUUGGAUAUUUGGCUCUGCAGAACACUUGUACAACUGUAGGUUAUUUCAAGAGCUGUGGUUUAUAAAAAAAUUAAAGCUUGAUUGCUCUUAAUUUGGUGAUGUAUAAAUAAAUAGGGUUGUGGACAACACCUACAACAACUACCAAUUACCCCUAUUAUAGGAGAUGAUUAGAAGUAGUUGUAGCUUUAUAUUUUUUUUUGUAGAAAUAAAACUGUAGUUUUUUUUGCUGUGGCUGUAAAUAAUUUGAUGUAUGGUUUUAACUAUAGGUUUGAAAAAAUUUAAUGACUUACAUAUAAAUUUUCUAAAGCAAAAAAUAAGUGUUCUAGAUUAAUUGCUUUCCACAGCUAAAAAUAAACAAAAAGGAAAAAAAAAUAUGUAACUUUAAAAUUUUUUUAUAAAGCAUGAUUAGUAAAAAUUUAUACUUUGGAAAUAAUUUGGAUUGUAAAAAGAUCUUAUGUCAUUUCUAAAACACUUGCCAAUCAAUCCCAUAGCGGAGGUAAGAGUUGAGUCAGAUCACAUAUCAUGUAAACCAUUCAUUAGGGUUAGCACAAGUAAAGAUAAUGUUUGUGUGGUUUUAAAGGGGUAACUUGUAUAUUUCACUUUUCAAUUAUUGACACGAUUGUUUGAGUUAUUUGGUAUCUCCACGACUUCUUUGAUGCGUUUAGCUCAUUAGGGAUUCGUACCACUACCGGUGACGUAUAUGCGGGCUAGUGGUUGCAGGUCGAUAUCAUAGUACUUGUACACAGAACAUGAGCUUUUUCAAAAAUCGGUCAGGACUUCAAAAAUACAUUAACAGAAGUUGUAUCAAAUGUAUCAGAACACUAAGACUAAUAAAAGAAGUUCUCAAAAACUGCAAUGUAUAUUUGCAAGGGUGGUAUACAUAUCGGUACAUAUGCACUAAUGCACAUGUAAACUGAUCCAAGUGUGAUACAUAUACUUUCACUACAAGCGUCGUUAUAUAUUUUUUACUCAAUUUUGUAAUGGUUAUUAUGUCAUUAUAUCAACACACAUGUUCAACAUUCGAGGAAAACUAAUCCUUUUAUGUUUUCUCUUUUUAAUUUGAAUAAGUUUUUUCUUCUUUUUUUUUUUUUUUCCUUUACAGUUUCGAUAAAAUUUGUCGAAGCAGCUGUCAUAAUGGUAGUGUAAAAUUUCUCCAUGUACAAUUAUGUACUUAUCCAUAUUUGACAUUGCGUAUAGUACAUUUUCUUAUUUUUAGGUAUGUUCGAAAUUUUGACAAAGGCAUGGCAAAGUUCAAAUUUGAAAGUCUUUUCAAAAAUUAUUGUUAAUCAAAGUUUUAAGAAUAGAUAAAGAAAAAUAAUUGGAGUUUCGGUUUCCACUAUCUUUAAACCGGUCCCGUUUGGACCCAUUGGUUUUGCUCUAAUUAACCCGCAAAAAGAUUAUUUAGACCAAACCUUAUCGGUGUGAUCAAUUAAAAUCAAAAGAUAUUUAACAUUUUAUCAAAAAAAAAACUAAAAUCAAAAGACUGAGCGUAAUCAAACUUUUAUUAGAUUGAUCCGAACUCCCAAAUACACUAAUAAGCUCAACACCACAAAAUCGUUUACGCGAUUAGAAAGUUGUCCAAAUCACAGUGGUCGAAAAUAUGAUUUCUAACUUGGCCAGCUAUUCACAUGACAUGGCAUUCAGAUGGCAAUACAAGCAUCGCUGGAAAAAAUUGCGAAUAAAAAUAGGUAAGCAAGAUUGUGAAGAAAGAAGAAAGAAAAUGAGAUGAAAAAAGAAACGUACGAAAACUCUAUUAGUUUCAUAAGUGAAAACUCUAUUAGUUUCAGAAUUUAAUUUAUUUUAAAAUUUAAUACUAGCUAAAUAAUUAAUACACUUGGAUUAUAUUAUUAGAUGAUAAUAUCUAAACAUAUCUUGAAAAUGGUUAUUACAAUAGUCAGUUCCAAUAUGAUUGGGUUCGAAUUUCUACGUAAAGGUUUAAAAAUGGUUCCUAAUCCUAGGUAAAGAAAUUUAAGCUUUUAGAUUAGCUGAAUGUCGGAGUUUUGAGAACUUGAAAUGCCGAAGAUAACCUUUUCAUAUUAGAAAGAAAUCUAUAACUUCAAAAUACAAUUGCACCGUUUAUAUAUACUAACUCAAUUAUUCACCCCACUAGUCAUCGCCGGCACGUAAUUGCCAUGGGUCUUGUGAUAUUGACAACAUAGAAAGCUUGAAACUGAAUUAAGACAUUGGUUUGAGUAAUAUUUCUCUAUAAAUGUGACAUGUUACAAACUAAACAAACCAUACGCUAUAAUCCUACACUAGUAGAGAAACAAA